AUGCGUUUUGCAAUCACUGUCAGCUUUGUCACCUUGUGUGUCGGAUUGGUCACUAGUCAAGGGCCUCAGAUUAACGCGCCUAAGGACAACACUUUCACCCUGGUACGCCGCACAAUUCCGACUGUUGUUACCCAGACCAAUGUGACGGCGACCAUUCCAAAAAGUAAUUUGGCACCAGUCUUGACUCCUCCUGUGGGUCUUCGUGACGCGCUUGAGAAUGUUCACAGGAUACACAAUGAAAUGGAAGCCGAUGCUGUUAACAAUGAUCACAGUCUUGUCCGUCGGAACAUCACCAUUGUAGCCAGACCACCACCACAAGGUCCACCUAAACCUGUGCAAGCUACCACUGUCCCACCAAACCACCAAACAAAGACUCCACCCACAACGUCGCCAACCAAAUCAGCAAACUCUCCGCAAACAACAACCGUAACGACAACCAGUCCGGCAAAGCCUGCGUCUGCACCACCUCCGAGCAGUCAACUACAGUCUCUGCCUCCACCACCGCCAACCAAUCAAGUACAGUCUUUGCCUCCAGUACCACCGACCACUCAAGUACAGCCUUUGUCUCUCACACCGCCAACUAGCCAGACAAAGCCCCCGCCAACAACGUUGCCAACCAGCUCAGCAAACCCUCCACUAACAACAACCGUGACGACUACUAGUCCAGCAAAGCCUGUGUCUCCACCUCCACCAACCAGUCAAGUACAGGCUUCGUCAAGGGUCACAUUGUCUCCCCGUCAAGACAAGAAGGAGGCCACAGCAGCUUUGCCCGCCAGACUUCCAACUGAUGCAACUACAUGUGCCGCAAUUUUGAAGAAGAUGAAAACAUCAAAAGCUUCUUCCGCUGGCACUAAAUCUGCUUCAAGUCGUCGUGGAUUUAAUAUUCCAGCAACAUACAGCUACCCUUUGAGUCGUCGAGCUCCUCAGUCAGGAGACACUAAGCCCUCGACAUCCGGCGAUGACCCUUGUGCCAAAUUGGCGGCCAUUGCUCAAAAGGUGAAGUCGGCCGUUGGUUCUGCUUUGUGA